GAUUAGAAGACAAACCCGUAAAAUUUAUCAAAUAUUCCUGCUAUUGACGUAAUUAAAUUUGUUAAGCCACUGUAGACGACAGUGAAAAAUGAAACCCGACUAAAUGCUGCAGAAGCUUUGCUUUCGAAAAGCUCAAUAUUCAUUCAUAAAUGUCGUACAAGCACACUUCCAACAAAAAUUUAACACUCGCUUGUGUUGAGAGCCAAUGUAAUUGCAAUUUGAGGUGGGGAAGCCACAAACCCGACAAAAGAGAGCAAGAAAGUCUCUCACGCAGCCACCUGAGUUGCUCCGAAAGUUGGCCAAUUGCUAAGUGGGUGGUUGAAAGCCGCCAAGUAUACUCCAUCUCAUUAUGUUGGGAGUUGUUGCUGCUGGCCGAAGCUCGGGUGAUGUGCUCCAACUCUGCUAUCACUAACGGCAAGAGCCAACCUAACUGGUUUAGUCAUUUACGUGACGGCAUUCAAGUCAGUCGUUUUUAAGCUUUCGCGUUGUGCAGUCGUGUUGGACGCAGUGAGCGCUUGCCAGCUGAAUGUAUUGAGUUGAUUGUGCGGUGUAAACGAAUAAGCUGAAAUUGUAGCCAGUGCCGGAAUCGGAAAUCAAGAAUUUAAUUCGCGAUAAAAGUGCUGGUGUGUUUUAUAAAUUUUAUAUAAAAUUUACAAGUGAAAAUUCGUGAAAGUGUAAAGUACAAUAAACGAGUUUGCUGCCUUUGAGCUUGUGAAAAAAGGUGCGCCACACACAUAAACGUACGCGAGAACCGUCUACUCCUUGCAGCGGUCCCAAAAGAAUAUUCUGGUGUCUCCACAAAGCAUUAAUUAAACAACAGCAAGGGCAUAUAAAAAUAGCCACAGCAGCUAAAAAGACGGGCUCAGAGCAAACAAAUUUUUUUGCUUCUAAAGCGUCUGCUUACUGCCCGGCUUCAACUAAAUUGAGCACCAACUUCAGAUCAGCCACCCAGAAGUGCGUGUGAUCCAAAACAGCUGUGUCUUUGAAAGCACUCGUCACUGAAGUGCGUGCCAAGGAAUCAAAUACAACAACCACAAAAAGAAUUUCUACAAAUUUUUCACACAAAACGGUGCAUAAGUGUGCGUGUUUUGACUGAAGUGGCCGCAAGCUCGAAUAUCAAGUAGAUUUGUAAUCAACAAACCAAGCAAUAGAACGGUGAAGUAAUAGGCAAUUUGUGUAAAAUAAAUAACGGAAGUGUGUGACGGAAGACGCGCUACCGAAAUGGAUCACUAAAUAGGAAAAAAAGAGUGGAAAAACAAGAGAGAGUGACGUGGAAAAACAUACACUGCCAUUAUAAAUUUUCCUAGCUCAUCCAUAGCAGGAGGAAUUUUUACAACAACACGUAAAGCAAAUAAAAACAAAAACUAAUAUGUUUCUGCCAGUCAAAUCAAAUAUCUCAACGGAGAAUAAUUCCGCGGGUGGCAACAAUGAGGACGUCACUACCACCAGCAACAAUUCCACACAAACACCAAGCGACUUAAGCCCACCCGGUCCGAAUGAGGAGGUCUUGCCGCAGGCGCAUCAUCAAAAUCCCGGCCACUGCAUCGCCUCCUUUGCGGCCAUCAAUCAAAUGCGCAACAACACGCAGCUUUGCGAUGUUUCUCUGGAAGUGGGCGGCGAAACUAUACAAGCUCACAAAGUGGUACUUGCCUCUGUCUCACCAUAUUUCUAUGCCAUGUUCAACGAUGAUAUGCUGGAGCGCAACCAGGGCGCAGUACGUUUACACGAUGUCGAUGUGACGGCGCUGCGUCAACUCAUCGACUACACCUACACCGGUGAGAUCACCAUAACCGAGGACAAUGUGCAGGUGCUCUUGCCCGCCUCCAGUUUGUUGCAAAUUCAUUCAGUGCGCGAGGCAUGCUGCAAAUUCUUGCUGCGCCAGCUGCAUCCAUCCAACUGCCUGGGCAUACGCAGUUUUGCAGAUGCUCAUUCCUGCAAGGAGCUGCAUACGCGUUCACAUAAAUAUGCGCUACAAAACUUUCAGCAGGUCGUUGGAACCGAGGAGUUUUUACUUUUGCCAUUCGACGAGGUCAAAGAUCUGAUAUCAAACAAUCAACUGAACAUUUGCUCCGAGGAGAAAGUAUUCAUUGCUGUCCUGAAUUGGGUCAAGCAUGAUCUGGCCGAACGUCAAUGCCACAUAGCCGAAUUGAUGAGCCACGUACGCUUGCCAUUGGUCGGGCGAGACUUUCUUAUGACUUGCGUGGAGACGGAGGCGCUCAUACGCGAGGACGGUCAAUGUAAGGAACUCUUGCUCGAAGCCAUGAAAUACCAUUUACUGCCAGAACAGCGCAGCUUGAUGAGCAGCCAACGCACACAAGAGCGCCGACCGGAGGGCAUGAAGCCAUAUGUGUUCGCCGUGGGUGGCGGCAGUCUCUUCGCCAUACACAACGAGUGUGAGGUGUACAAUCCGCGCACCAACGCCUGGACGCCCAUCGCACCGAUGUUGUGGCGCCGCUCACGUUCCGGUGUGACGGCGUUGCACAAACAGCUCUACGUCGUCGGCGGUUAUGAUGGCGUAAGCGACCUAAGCACUGCCGAAUACUACAACCCGCUGAUUAAUAAGUGGACCAACAUCACGCCGAUGGGCACGAAACGCUCGUGUCUCGGCAUUUGCGCAUACGACGGACUGCUGUAUGUUUGUGGAGGCUACGAUGGUGCAUCGUGCUUGAGCAGCAUGGAACGUUACGAUCCGUUGACGGGCAUUUGGAGCUCAUGUCCUGCAAUGAAUACGCGCAGACGCUACUGUCGCUUAGCGGUGUUGGACAACUGCAUUUACUCUUUAGGUGGUUUCGAUUCCACCAACUAUCAGUCGAGUGUGGAGCGUUUUGAUCCACGUGCGGGACGUUGGUUCCCCGUACAGAGCAUGACAGCGCGACGCAGCAGCUGCGGUGUGGCCUCUUCUGAUGGCUACUUGUACUGCAUUGGUGGCAACGAUGGCACGAUGUGCAUGUCGAGCGGAGAGCGUUUCAAUUUGCGGCGCAACGCGUGGGAACCGAUCGCUGCGAUGCAUUCCAGAAGGUCCACACACGAAGUAGUCGAAGUGGACGGCGCGCUAUACGCUCUUGGCGGCAAUGACGGCUCAUCCUCGCUCAAUUCCGUGGAACGUUACGACACGCGCCUCAACAAAUGGACUGUAGUCAAUUCGAUGGUAGCACGUCGCAGCUCUGUCGGCGCAGCGGUGCUGGAGUGUUUCCAUCUCGAACGCGGAUUGGUGCAGACAACGAACUUAUGACCUUUGUCGACAAUAGCCGAAACGUUUGCAGCGGCGGCAGCAGCAGCCGUAGUAGUUGGAAAUGGUAGUGGCGGCGGCGCGGCAACGGCGAAUGGCGGCAGCAGUAACCAUCAAGCAACGACCACAAAUGGCGUCACAUCGACGCUGACGAACAACCUCAUCGUGCCGGGACGUGCAGUUAGUGGACGCAGCAUGCUGGGCGCAGCCGAAGUGAGCGGCAGCAUUGGCAGUCUGAUGAGCAGUAGCACGAAUGCGCUCAGCACUUCGGCGCCGACGACGACGUCCACGUUGCGACGUUUGCGCGAACGCGAGAGGGAGCGUGAAAGAGAGCGUGACAGCAGCAACGCGGAAAAUCGUGUGAAUGGCGUUGUGGUAGCCGGAAGCGGAAGUAGUAAUGGUGCAGCAGCAGCUGGCGCAAGCGUUAAUGGCACAGGCGGCGCUACAACUAGCAAACCACCGUCAACCGCUUGAUGUCUGCGCUUCAAGUGAUGCGAGCGGGGGGAGUAAAUCUAAUAAGUGCAGACUUAUUAAGCGAAAAUGAAGGAAUUGAGAGUUUGUGGGUGAGAUAAGUAGAAUGUGGGGCUAUAUGAGUGAGUAGCGGCUGAAGAAAGAAGAUAUAUGAAGUUAUAGUCUGCGAUGUAGAGCCGCGCGGGGAAGUUAGUGGCAAGCUAAGCAGUAUUUCUAGUCAUACAAGGCAAGAUAUGUGUGUAAAUUGAGCUGGUUUUGAAGUAUGUUUGAGAUUGUGUCGGAAACUGUGUGCGUAACUGUAAAGUAAUGGCUAGCACUCUCGUUAAAUUAUAUAUUUAAUUAUGGUAAUGUAUUAGGUCGUUAAGGCGUUGAUGCAAUUUUCCAAUUUUCCAUAGCCUUUUUAUGUAAGAAUAGAAAAUUUUUUACAAGCCUUCGCCCGCCACGACCAUACUAAUGCACACACAUUCAUUAGCACAUACAUACGUAUAUACCUGUACAUUAGGGUGUACAUUAUUUCCACAGUUGAUAUUUUUUGUAAAAGCUCUUAAUUUUUAAAUGAAUAGUUUUAUGGGAAGCACUCUCCCCCACUAAAUCCACCGCGACCACAUUAGCAAGCUGGACGAAGGAGUACAAGCUUCACCGCAAUAUUGCAGUAGAUGGCGUUAAACAUCCGAUUGUCAAUAUCUUCUAUCAAACAUAUGCACAGUGAGGCCCAUAUGGUUCCAGUUAAGGAGCAUAAUGAACUCCUCUCCAAGCAGUUUAUGCUGCGGCGUUUUCGUAGAAAGCAUCCCUUCAGUUACCUGGUGGAAGCUUCCCCUAGCUCCUUUCUCAACUAAGUCGACAACAUAAGAUAAUAGACUGACUAGACUUCGGACGCAACUUACUUCCGACAAGCACUGACCGCCAUUCACAGUGGAGCCAUCAACACCUUCACCGACUCCCUAUCAGUUAGUGGCGUACUUAGACUCUAACCACUACCUAUUGCAGACGAAGACCUCGAGUUGCCGCGAGAAAUGAGAGUGACCUUUGCACAGAUUUGUUCUAAAUACUGUAGUAGGUUAAACUCCCACUUAUCCAGAAUCGACCCUGACAUAUCAAACAUAUGUCCAUCAUGCAACGAGUCCCCGCAUGAAUCUAACCAGCUCU